UUAAAUUAUGUAGUUGGCUUUUGCGCAUGUUAUACACUGGAGGUAACACACCUUUGAGGAAUAUCUGGCGUUUUCACCUCGUUGCACCUUAGAGAGACACAUUCACGGGUCACUGAACUACAGUGACUGGAUGAAAUGGGACGGAUUCUCUCGCUUGCCGCCGGAUUCCUGUUUCUAUCAUUUUUUGCGGUUUCCAAAAUUGAGGUAGAUGCGCAUCUGCAAAGACAGAAAAGAGAAUGGAUAAUCCCCGCCCAAAAGCUGGAAGAAAAUGUGGACUAUACGAACAGGGAGUACAUUGCCAGGAUUCGAUCUGAUGAGGAAUUUACUUCAUCUGUGAAAUACUCUUUGAGAGGAAAGGGGGCCACUGAAGACCCAGUGAAUUUGUUUAUUGUUCACCCAGAUACCGGUAAUGUUCGGAUCACGGGCAUUCUGGACCGAGAAAAAAUUCCUGAAUAUAAUCUUCAGGGAGUUGCACAGUAUAAAAACGGAGAUUAUGCAGAAAAUAAUCUCAACCUGCGUAUUCAGGUUGUGGAUCAAAAUGACUGCCAUCCUACAUUUGGCAAAAUGGAGCCUGGCGCUAUCAAUGAAUCAAGUCCAACAGGUACUUACAUAAUGGCAGUAACAGCCACAGAUGACGAUGAGCCUGGGAAUCCAAAUUCGCAAAUUAAGUAUAGCAUUUUGAACCAGUCACCAGGAGAGGGUAUGUUCUUCAUGAAAGAUGAUGGGAAGCUUUAUGUUCAAAAUCCUAUGGACAGAGAGACGCAAGAUAAAUAUGUGCUGACUGUCAAAGGUACAGAUCUCAACGGUGCAGUGAAUGGACUCACUGGAACAGGGACUGUCGUGGUUAACAUCCUUGACAUCAAUGACAACCUUCCUACGUUGGAGAAGGACAGUUAUCAAGGAAGCAUAGAUGAAAAUACGGCCAAUAUGGAGGUGAUGAGAUUUAAAGCAUUUGAUAAAGAUUUAGAAAAUACAGACAACUGGUUGGCCCAAUUUGAAAUCAUUUCUGGCAAUGAAGCUGGGUACUUCCACAUCGAGACUGAUCCUAAGACCAACGAAGGAGUUUUAACACUGGUUAAGCCUGUCGAUUAUGAAGAACUCAAAGAUUUGGACCUCAAAUUGGCUGUGACGAACAAGGCCCCAUAUGUCACCUCAGGGGAUUGGACAAGCGCCGGAGGAGGCGGGGGAGGUGCUGGAGGAGGCGGGGGAGGUGCUGGAGGGGGUGCCGGGGGAGGUGCCGGGGGAGGUGCCGGAGGAGGUGCCGGGGGAGGUGCCGGGGGAGGUGGGAUAGGUGCUGGGGGCUUUCCGGGAAGUGGUCCAGGUGUACCCGGAGGUGGCACAACGUUUAUGAAGACCUACCCGGUGAAGAUCAAUGUGAAGAACCAGCCAGAGGGCCCCAUGUUUUCCCCCAAAGUAAAAGCCUUCCCCGUCUCUGAGGACAAAACAACGUUUGACUCCAAGAAAGUGAUUGGACAUUAUCCAGCUCUUGAUUCAGACACACGAAAACCAGCAGAAAACGUGAGGUACGCCAAAGGGUCUGAUCCUGACAACUGGCUUACAAUUGAUGAAAAAACGGGUGACAUCCGACUCAACAAAGCCCCAGAUCGGGAGUCUAAAUACCUAGUCAAUGGAACAUACUAUGCAAAAGUACUCUGCAUGUCACAAGAUAUGCCAUCCAAAACUGCUACAGGUACCAUUGCCAUCCAAGUGGAGGACUUCAAUGACCACUGUCCUAAGCUCAUAAGUCAUGAACAGUCAGUGUGCACAGAAGAUGGCGUCGUAUUUGCCACAGCUGAAGAUCAAGAUGCUGCCCCUAAUGGAGCCCCUUUUGAAUUCAGUAUUGUACCCGAUGGCACCACAGGAGAGUGGACCUUGGAGAGAUAUAAUGACACUACAGUCAUCCUGAGAGCUGAGAAGAAUCUGUGGCCUGGUCCCUAUAAGGUGGUCCUUGACAUAAAAGACCAGCAAGGCCUCUCCUGUCCUGACGAUGAAGAACUGAAACUGGAAGCUUGCACCUGCACCGAUAAAAAGCUGUGUACCGCGGCGGGGAAGGACAAGAGGAGCUCCGCACUUGGACCGGCGGGGAUCGGGCUGCUCCUCCUUGGCCUCCUGAUGCUGCUGCUGAUACCCCUGCUGCUGCUGUUCUGUAACUGCGGGGCUGCUGGAGCCGGAGCGUUCGGCGGCAUGAGAGGGGGCUUCACUGAGAUGCCAUUUUCCACCAAAGAACACCUGAUUGUCUACCAUACUGAGGGCCAAGGCGAAGAUAAAGAAGUCCCACUUCUGAAUGCUCCAAUCGAAGUGGAUAAUGUCGUCAAAUCAAGUGCAGGUCCUACUCAAGCAGCAGGAAUAGCUGCCGGGCUCAUUUCAGGUUCCUCCGGAUUUAAGGCAGGGGGGCACAUGGACAUGGAUUACAUGGACCAAGACUUUGCAUUUAACUCACGAUACCGUGCUACUGAAACUGAAACAUAUGAAGGAAUUGCCCUCCCUGAUUUUUAUUUGGAAGAGUACUACUCAAAGAAAGCCAGUCUUGCUCUAGACAAAGAAGCCCUGGAUGAAAAAAUGCUGGUGUAUGACUGUGAAGGACAGGGAUCCUUGGCAGGCUCUGUUGGCUGCUGCAGCCUCCUGGAAACAGACAACGACCUUGAAUUUCUGAAUAAUCUGGGCCCCAAGUUCAAGACCUUGGCUGACAUCUGCAGAGGCCCUGAAAUGGAACCCAUAACGUUUGUCCCGCCACCAUUGCCGCCACCCAAGUUCGAGCCACCCCCAGUAACAGACGUGGUGAUGGACACUAUUACCAUGCCAAAGGUGAUUCAACCCACUGUCCGUGUGGAAAAACCAGUUGUUGAGACCAGUUACAUGGCUCCCACCCCUAACGUGACAGUCCGCGAGAACGUGGUGGUCCCCAAACCAACAUACGUCAUUCAACAGCCUGUGUACUACACCACAACCCCUGUGGUACCAACCACUCGGUAUGUCGUUGAUCCUCAGGUUCAUAACACUGUGCUGGUUGCGGAUAGACCCUCGAUUCCCAGCACGCAGACCAUGUAUUUGGUGAACAGUGUUCCUGCAGCUGAGAAUAUGGUGAUAACUGAGAAGAGAGUGGUGGCAGGACCUGUAGGUGGUGGGUUGGUAGAAGGUUCAGUUCCAGUGAUGCGAGAAGGUCUAGUGGGAGUAAAAGCAGGUGUUGGUAAUCUUUAUGGAUCGCAGAACCUAUUGGUCAUGGAGGGGCAGGGUGGGGGACCAGUACUUCAGCCUGGAACCCUGACAAGGAAGGAUCUGCCAGGGUCUCAGAACAUCCUGUUGGUGGAGGAAAAGGUUGGGCCUGGGCAGGUGCUUCAGGGAGGUGGUGCAUGGGUGCAACAAGGGUCUUUGGCGAGGGGGAAUAUUUCUGGACCCCAGAAUAUUCUCCUUGUGGAGAAACAGGGAGGUAGUGGACAGGUAGUACCAGGGGGUACAGCAACUUUGAUCCAAGGGUCUGGUGGAAACAUGACUUUUAGUGGUGGUUCCUUGACUGGUAUACCCAGCGUAACGAAAGUAAUCAGCAAGGAGAAGAAAAUUGUUUCAACCAAAGAUUGAACACAAAACAAGCCAGUUUUCCAUGGCAUUGUACUCCGAUUAUUGGUCACAGUAGUGAUUUAGAUAAUACAAGAACGUUUAAAUCUGUGGUGGCAAAACGUAACAGAUCAAGAAAAUGCAGAAUAAAUAU